GUUCAAACCUUCAAACAAAAUGUUUAGGUGAUGGUGUUGGUGAGGUUAAUGGUCGAUACAAAAUAGUUUAGAUAAAUAUUUGGGUAGGGAUUUCCAUCCAAAUAUGAAUAGGUCAACAAUAAAUCAUCAAAACGCAUUCUCAAAAUAGUGCUACGCUUAUUCUUCUUACGAUUAUGUUAAACUAAUGUAAAGGCUAUUGUAAUGAAGUUUCUUUGUCAUGAGAAUAGUUUCGUUAUAACACUAUCGAUCGAUUACGAAAGAGCUUUUAAGUUUUACAGUGUUAAAAAUAUUUGUGGCUUAUAAUAAUUUAAGGGAAUCAUUUAUUUAAUAAGUAUAGAUGUGCAGAAUGGACUGUAUAUAAAAUUAAUGAGUGUGCGUGAUUGUGAAGUUGCUAACGUGUUAAAUAAAAUAUGUGUUUACGUUCGCUUUUCGUUGUAUUCUCGCGUUCAAUUUACUUAAAAAAGUCAUAAAGCUAGCUAGUGCCGUCGCGUGUAAUAUGAGAUACGUAGUGUGAGCCUCAGGCAUAUCGCAAUUUGUUCCUGACAUCACGUCCAUGUAUUGUUGCUCCUUCCUUUCACGGCUGGGCGUCGGGAUGGCGAGCAUGAGCUCCACGCUCGUCGAGACCGUCUCCAUCAACUACGAGGACUUUAACGAGAGCUUCCUCACAUGCGGCACCUGUUUAUGCACUUAUGACGGGGGCGAACACACACCGAAGCUCCUGCCGUGCUCCCACACAGUCUGCCUCCACUGCCUCACACGAAUAGCUGCUUCACAGACCAGAGACGCAGGCAGUUUCCGAUGUCCCAUAUGUCGGGAGCUGAUCACAAUACCACGGGGCGGGGUGGCCGCACUCCCGCCCUCGUUCCUCGUCAACCAGCUCCUCGACUUGAUGGCCCGCCAACGUCGGGAAGUGAUACCGCAGUGUAGUUCGCAUCCGGGCAGAGAGUUGCUUUUCUGCGAGACCUGUGAUUGCGUGUUCUGUCGACACUGCGCGGACGGGCCACACAGCGACACACCCUGCGACCAUACAGUUGUGCCAUUCUCCAUAGCGUUGAAAAGAAUGUCUGAAAUACUGCUAUAUAGGGCGAAUGAAUGUCUCAGUAAACUCGGUUCCGCGAGAGAUGCAGUGGCCAGUGAACUGCGACGGCUCGAGGCGGCCGCGACUGCAGCGGACGAGGCUAUAGACCGACACUUCGCAGAACUGAAGGCUGCUAUCGACAAACGUCACAGUGAACUGAAGUCAGCCGCCGCUGCUGCAGCGACACAUAAACGAAAGUUGCUUGAAGAACAACUCAAAUUAAUUGAUGCGGAAAAAGCUAAGGUGGAAGCAGAAUGCUCAGGUCUUCAGCAGCAGGUGGAAGUACGGGAGGUGAGCAGUCGUGCAGCGGCACUGGGGGCCAGGUUGGGAGACGCGGCAGCCCUCGCUGAACCACGGGAGAAUGCCUUCCUCGCCGUAGACUUCGCCCACAAUGACGCUCAGCAAAGAUUCUCCGAAGCGCUGGCAGAGUUAGGCAGGGUACGCACCAGUACCACCUUCCCUGGACUCUGUACACUACAAUUAGAAUCGGCGUGUGUAUGUGGUUUGGAGGUGGUAGUGGUACUGCGUACAGUGGACUACCACGGCGAGGCGCGCUGUACCGGCGGGGACCCAGUCAGCGCCGCCGCCACCAUCGACGACGCGCCCCUGCCCUGCACCGUCACCGAUCUCGACACUGGAUUGUAUAGAAUCACAAUGCGUCCAUGGACGGCAGGAGCACUCUGUGUGCGCGUGUUAGUGUUUGCGCGCGGAGUACGAGACUCCCCCCUACGUGCACAGGUGUCCCCCACCGCGGCCCCGCUACUUGUGUGGGGAUCCAGGGGGACUGGGAAGGAACAACUCAGCCAACCUGUCGCAUUGGCUAGAUGUCCGAAGCGGCGCGAGAUCUACGUGUUGGACGCGGGUAACUCGAGAGUCAAGGUGCUGGAUGACGAGACGUUCGCUUUCAAAACGCAUAUCGUUAAUGAAGGGUUAGCAGGUCGGAGUUGUACAGGGAUAGCGGUAACUGCUGAGGGGAUAGUAGCCGUCAACUGGCGGACGCGAACUCUCACUGAGGUGAGUGGUGAAGGAGCGACGCUCCGUACGAUCAGGUCGGACCGGCUGCAGGAGCCGGUGUGCGUGGCGGCGGACCUGGCGUCGCGGCGCCUCGCCGUCGCAGACAACGGGGCGCGCGCCGUCUUCCUCUUCGAUAGCCAUGGAAAUAUUGAGAGAGAGGUAGGCAAUGGAGAGCUGGGUCUAGUGGGCGGGCUCGCGUUGUCUGAAGAUUUGCUGAUCAUUGCGGACGUCGCCAUCAGGGUGUACGAUAUUGAGGGGAAUCUCAAGAAUGUGUUCGCACCGGUGCCAAAAGGUCGAGGUGGAUACGGCGGUAUAGCACUAGCGACAUCUAGCGAGGGAGGAACGCGACACGUAGUAUGCGCGCGCGCAGUGCGAGGCCGGCCCGCACUGCUAGUACUGGAGCCUGGCGCUGGGAAAGUCCUGGCUCUGUCAGAGUUGGCCGAUAAGAAGCCCCGCCGUGUUGCCGGACUUACGUUGUUGCCUAAUCGACGGGUGUUACUCGCCGACCUAGCUGCCGACUGCUUGAGGUUGCAUACUUACUGGUGAACCCUGGGCGAAGAGUUUUGGGUGACGCGUAACGAGACGGGAGCGGGGCGGGCGCAGGAGCGCGACGUAAUCGAAUUUCAUGCUAGUCCAAUAUUAUAACGGAGAAUCGAACUGACGGCCAUACACACGGACUGCGAGGGGAGAUACUUGCACCAAAGUCUUUAGUCGGCCCGCGACGGCCACUGCGUUAUCAAUAACUAUAUUUUAGUACUUACAGUAUUUAUUUCGUAUUAAGUUGAUUAAGUUAUUUUCUAAAAACGUUUACUUUGUCGAUCCUAGUUCGACGCUUAUACGGAAUUUGACAAUAUUAUGACUGAUUUUGAUUUAUAUGUGUAAUAUUUUCUCGUUUUACUUAGUUUUCGCUGGUGUGCGAACGUCAAAUCGUGACUUUUUUAUGAUAAUAUUAAUUAUUAUUAUUACUUAUUGAUUAAUAUUUUUGCACUAUACGCUGCAAGUGUAACUUGGUUGAUCCACCGUGCAAUCGGCGAUGUUUUUGAAUUAGUCUUUAUAUUCUUGUCAGUGAAAUUAUCACUUUAUUUAUUUGUACGCAUCAAAAUUGUUGGCGAUUCUAAACUUCGCUUUAACUAGUCGUAAGACGAACGCAUUUAUUUUUAAACUAACAUUAGUUAGUGUUCUGUCUCUUGGGAAAAAUGAUAGAUCUUUGUGAUCACAUAAUAAUAUUGAAUACAGACAAUAUUUAUGAUAUAAUAAUAAUGAUAUCUAUUUAGGGGUAUUCCUGCCUAUUCUUAUAAUACGAAAUAGUGAAAGAAAAAUUCAAAAUUGAUCAGUUUUCGCGGUACAUAUCCAGUAGCCUUGUUUGGUACGCUUAGUGAUAGUGCGUUGUUAUUAGUUGGACCAUGUCGGUUUGUUUGUCUGUCCAAACGACAUCGACCGUCCUUUAGCCUUCUCUCUAAGUCUGCGACCAGAUAUUUACUAAACGACUGAAUGUUAAAAAAAACUUAAUCACGGUAAAAAGUAUGUGUUAAGCAUACACUUCUACUUACCCCAUUCAGUGUUAUAUAAAAAGUCGUCUAUAUCUGUACCCUUAGUACAAGUUUGUUUUACGUUGAACGUAAACAAAACUAGAGCGCGUUCUGUCCUCUGAUUGGCUUGUGCGAAUGAACCAACCAAUCAGAGCCCCAGACGCGCUUUCGUUUCGAUCUCGUUUAACGUAAUACAAAUUCGUACUAAGCCGCACCCAGUUAAAUACCAUAGUAUGCGCUAUAUAUAAAGUUAAUAUGAAAUAGCUACAUAUGUGAUCAUUUACAAAUAAGAAUCUUAUUGUUAAAAACUUCGCAUUAUAUUUGGAUCGUUUUACUAUAAAAAUAAAUUAAUAAAAAAUACAUAUACCCAGUAAAAAUUAGCGGUAACGAUAUUUUACUUAAUUUUUUCAUUAUUUUUGUGGUAAAACGGUUCAGGUUGAAAUUACAAAUCAUAUCUGCCUAUUACGAAUAAGUUAGUUGGUUUUUUUUUUCUAAAUUCUCGAGGUAUUGAUGCCAUAUUUUGAUUAUUAAUUAAUAUACUUACUUACACUACUUAAUUAAAAUAUUAACGAGUGCUAUUUACAAAAUUAUUUGCGAACAAAACGAAUAGCAUUGAUGAUGAAAAUUUCAAAAUUAUUGAUUGCUCAAUAAAAAUAUGAAUGUAUGAAUAAUAACAUCAUAUCAUGCGAUCAAAGUAAAUUCACUCAUAAAUAUACUACGAAUCAUUUAGUAGAAGAGAUCGGGGUUGAUUUUUUCACUGGUGGAUUGUUAUAGAGGUUAUAAUAGACAAAAUAAUAAUAAAGAAUGAAAUAAUAUUAUAUGCACAAUAAUCCGUGUAAAAAUAACAGCAACAACAAUCGGCGUUGAAAGAGAUGUGAUACUAUAACCAUCUUUUAUCCAAUCGCAGCUACUGUCCCAUCAGUUUGCGCCAGUGUGAAUCUCGCAUUCGUUGUCCAAUAGGGAAUUAGUUAAGUGGUGGCUACACUUACGGUUAAUGUCCAUUAUCGCGAUAAUUAAUGGCAUUUCCCGUUAAUGUGGCCCGAGCAUUAGUGUCACACCAUUGAAAGAAAGAAAGAAAGAAAAAUACGUUUAUUUGGCGCAGACAGGAGACUACAAAUAUUUACAGUUAUGAAGAAAAUUUGGACGUUGAAUUUUUGGUAGCUACAGUGAUUGAACAAAAAUACUUCUUGCUACGGUUUAUUAAUCUGCCGUCACCACUCGACACUGGCAGUAUAGUCGACACCACUGUAUUGUAGACUCGAUUGCCAUUCAAGAAAAAUAUUUCUUGUUAGAUUAACGCCAUCUGUUGAGCAAAAUAAACAGUAGCCUCUAUUCAUUUCAGACGUAAGAUAAGCAACCCCGGUCUUCUCUACUAAUUUCAGUCUAUACAGUUUAAACUAGUUUUAAGUAAAUUUCUCUUCGCUAUAGUUUAGUAACGUUGACUGUUUAUUAUUGAAGCUAUCGUUAUUUCCUAACAAAUAAUUAAAAUUCUUAUAAAAUAUAUCUCAUUUAGUUGGUCUUUAUUAUAUGUAAAGUAUAGCUUAUGAUAUUCAGAGUUUAAAUGGGUGAACAUUAACUUAAUCAGAAUGAAUGGAAACUGUUGAUUUAAAAUUUUCCGAAUAGGGAAUAUGUACGUCUUUCAAAUUCUUUAGUAUUACUAUUGGGUGAUAUCUUCUCUGUAAACAUAUUUAUUGCAAUAAAACAUUCAUUUUGCACCACGGUUCCUACUGGUACCUGAAUGAUCUCGUCGUCAUAAAUAAAUGAAUAAAAAAAUAUCUAUAUAAAGUGGUUAUUACGACACAUGUCCCUUGCGACUAGCAAUUAUGUCAUUACACAAUAAAUUCAUGUAACAAAUUACUAUUUAAAGACAUUAUCAUGACAAAUUACUAUGUACUUCUAAAGCCUGUUAUGUAUUUCAACUUGCACAAUACAUACAUAUUCUCUAUUGUUUUAACAUGGCUGCGACGUCAACGCAAUUUCAACAACGGAAUCUCAUUAAUGUAUUUUUUUUUUCAUGUGAAAUGUAAUCAAGGCCUCAUAUUAGCAUAACAAUAAGUAUAAAAAUAUUAUAAUUUAUAAUUUGAACUGCUUUACUGUUAAUACAAAACUAUGUAACUCGCAAAUAAUUCGAAAUGAAUCAUUAUUUACUUAACAAAUAUCAAAAUUUCUGGAAUUUGUUUUGUAUAUGAAGUUUUCGGUUAUUGACUUAAUAUGUAUAGCUUAAGUUAAAGUGAUGGGUUUACCGUUAACGGUAUUGUGGGUUUAGAUCUAGUCUGUUGUCUACUUACAAAGGUUUUUGUAAAUUAUAGCAUGCUAGUUACACAUGUACACAUACCAACAGUGCCGGAUUAGUCAUGUAGCGGGAGGUAGCAAAUGUUACGGGCCCCGCCCCAUAUGGGAGCCCCGCGCUUGUGCCCAAAUCAACAAAAAAACCGACUCCAAAAACUAUAAACUAAAAAACUAACUAUUAACUUUCUAAAUUAUUUACAUCCUAAACUUCAAUAGGCAAUGUAACUCAAAGGGCCCCAUGUUCACAUAUUAUGCUACGGGCUUCGCGUCGGCUUUAUCCGGCACUGCAUACCAGUGCUCGUAACACGUAGUAUGUAACCGAAGGGUUUCGAAAAACGUUAAUGCAAUGAACUCUAACAGCCGUAUAGAUGCCAUUUUCCGUCGUAUUGUUGCUAAACACACCAUAGUUAAGAAAAUUAGCAUAGUGCGUGAAGCAAACGUGAUUGGCAUGUAUAAUUUAGAAAUGCGCGUAACUGUUGAGAUGGACUGACAUACUGUUGGACGUACAGUUUGCAAAUGUAUUAUUUACAUAAUAAUUUGGGUGGAUUUCAAUAGUCAGACUAUAAACAUCUUACGUUGAACCUUAUUAACUAAAAAUCACGGUUUACUCACGUACGUACGCUCAUGAUGAAGUGUCCAUCUUUGACUCGAAACUCGUACAGCUUUUCUCCAUUAAUUUACUCACGAUAGUUAUUAUAGUUGAACCUUAUUGUUAAAGAAUGAGUUUAUGUUUUAACGCUCCGUUUGUCAUUAUCUCUAGACACAUUUCGCUAUAAUCGAAACAGGCCAAUAUAAUUCAGUACAAUAUUCAAGAACAAGAGUUGCGUCUGCUACAACUCGUUUUAAUAACUUCUAGUUGGUUUAAAUUGCCAUAAUUAAAAGGAAGUGCACCCAGGUUAUUGUGCUCCAUCAUAGCAAUAUAACGUUACAAGCUGAUCUAGUGAGCUCUACUUACACAUGUCAUGUUCUCAUUAAGUACUCGAAUAUCAUGUCUUACACCGCGCAUCUUCAUACAUACAUAAUAUUAUAUUUAGUUAUUCAUUUAUUCACUUGAAUAACUUAGGUAUUAAUAAAGUUCCUUUAAGAUCGUCUUUAGUUGCAUAACGUUAAUGACUUUGAUUGUAUUCAGUGUUAGUCUUUACAUAAUCGUUUGUUUACUUUCAUGCACCAUAUUAUAGCGUCUAUUAUUCAACCCUGUUUGUUCCCUUACCAGCUGUUUACACAAAUACUGUUAUUGCGGUUACCAGACUUAUAUAAAAAUAUUUAUCUCAUUGAAUUGUAAACGAUUCUUAACUUAGAUAUAUGUAUUUGUUUGUAUGUUGUAUUACGUUGUGUGCUUGUGUUGUCGUGAACAAUUUCAGCUUUAAAACAUUGUAAACCGAAUUACUUUUAGUGUUGUCUUAUGUGCUGUUACAUUCAUACAUCCUACCGUCACAACUCGCAUUCACUGCCUGUAUUUUGUUAAUGCAUUUAAAAUAAGAUUACACUUAUAAAUCUAUCUGCUUAACCUCCCUAUAGUUAUUCACAAACAGUACAGUAUCUUAUAAAAUAGUUAUUUGAAUAAACAGUUCAACAGCAGAUUGGUACAAAAUAAUAAUAAUAGGUACGAAGUAUAAUUUAUUCUUUGCAUUAGAUGUAAACUGUUCAAAGUGAAUCAUAGUGAAAAAGUGUUCUAUUAUUUUAAAAGAUGAAUAAAUAAAUCUAUUUUGGCACCAGAUUGACUAUUUUCAGACAAAAUUGAUGGAAUUGAUAGAGAACUCAUUUAUUGAUUGUAUGUACGCCUAAAAGCUAAAGUGUAUUUAUUUAUCAGAAGCUGUGAAUCUGUACUUAAAUUAUAUAAUCACAGAGUAUCUCAGUGUCAUGUCGAUAACGUCACUUUUGUGCAAAACACAAUAAAGUUAAAUUAAAAAUGA